GUCAUCUACAGUCUACACUUAUUAUUGAAGCAUUGUUUUUUGUGAAUCUCUUCAAAGAUACAGAAAAUGGAUGAAUUUAAAAAAUCUGCAAAGAUUACCCACUCAUUAAAUGUACUCACAUCAUUCAAUGAAUUGAAACAAUCUGAAUGCAUUUGUAACUUCACGAUCAAAGUUGGUGACAAAUCUUUCAAAGUUCAUCGAGACCUGCUUGCCGCAGUAUCAAAGUACUUCAAAGGCAUGUUUUCAAGUAACAUGGUUGAGGCUCGGAAUGGUUUUGUCUUUAUGAAAGACAUCUGUGCUGAUGCUGUAGGGCAGUGUGUAGAUUUCAUGUAUACUGGUGAAGCAAAUCCUACUAUGGAAUCUGUUGAAAAUACUUUGUAUGCUUCUCAGUACAUGCAGCUUGAUGUAUUAUCAGGUAUAUGCUUCAAUUUCAUGGAAAACAAUCUGUCAGUGCAGCAUUGCCUGCUAGUGGUCAGAUUGGCAAAACUUCACGAUCGUACAGAGCUACAAACCAUUGCUGAGCGAUUUAUUGUGGAUAAUUUUGAGUCUCUAAUUUUGGGUGAACAUUUUCUACAUCUGAGCAAGGAAGAACUCAUAUUUUAUCUGCAAAAGUUGGAUAAAAGGCAUGAAGUAGUUUGGCAUGCUGUGAGAAGAUGGAUUUCAAACAAAGGUGAAAAUUUGGAUCAGAAUUAAUGGCGACAUUGCAUUUUGGAGAGUUUCCCUAUAAGUUUUUGCUCACUGAUUUGUUAAAUGAUUCUUUGGUAGAAAGUUCUUCAGAUGCAAAAAGUUUUGUCAUCCAAAAAUUACUUUCGAAUAUUGAUGGGUUGAAAGAGAAUUUGUCUCUCGACAAUUUAUUCAUUUUGAGGAAGAUUAAUCGGAUCGAAAACAACGUUUGCUCAGAGAAUGUCAGAAAAAUAAUGAAAGAAUUCAUGGCUCAGAAUUUUGAACAACUUGUACCGAUGGAUGAAUUUAUUAAGUUGGAAAAAGAUGAAAUUUUUUUCUUGUUCAAAUCUCGGGAAACGAAAUAUUCUUCAGAGAAAAUUAAAUGGGAAGCUGCACUAAAAUGGACCAAACAAAGUCGUCGUCAUCAGAAAGUUUUUCCAGACUUGUUUGAAUUGAUAAAACUUCAGGAUAUUUCUGAGGAUUUUAUUCGGCAAACAGUCAGAAAUGAACCUUUGGUUAAAGAGUCGCAUAAGUGUAAAGAUAUAUUGCUUGAUAUUCUCCAAGCCAAAGCUCAGGCUGGUAAACUUGUCCCACAUAUUGUGGCAUCAACAACGACUGGCAUAAAUGCUCCGAAUUUCCAAAUAAAUCAGUGGUCUAGUUUGCGGUCCGAUUAUGAUGUUGGCACGCCAACCCUUUUCUGGGUUUGGUGCCGCCUACCAACGAACCAACGCACCAGCGUUUAAACCUUUAAAAUCUGCAUUUAAGGAUUUCAGUUUUGGAUCUUCUGCUCCUGGAGUUUCGUUACCAUCAGGUGGGUUUUUUGGAAGCAUCCCGUUUGGGGCGGUUACAGCAACGAGUAAUUCUCAGCCAUUCGUAGGAUCUAAUUCGGCGUCAGUACAGUCGUCUCCAUUUAGACAAUCUUGUUCUACAGAAUCUACUGGACUGUUUGGCUCCAACCGCAAUCCUCCACCUCCGUUUCGGUCUCAACCGACGAACAACGCAAUUUCUGGAAUUCCAAAACCUUCGUUUGCUUUUGGUGCACCUUCAAAUAAUGAGCCUUCUCAACAAAAAAACCCAGCUUUUGGUGGAUUUCAAUUCGGAGGGAACAACGAACAGAACGCUGCACCUGCGCAACAGAGUGGCUUCAAUUUUUGUGAGAGCAGUGCGGCCCUGUGUUUGGAGGAACGCCUAAUAAACCUCCACCAGCUUUUAAUGCCACCCCGGCUGCCCCAGCAGCAGGAUUUCAGUUUGUCAACUCUUCAUCCAAUCAAAGCAAUGGCAUGUUACAGUUUGGAACCGGAUCUAACCAGUCGAAAUCAGAACAACUUGCUGAAAACAAAUCAGGAUUGUUUGGUUUUGGUGGAAAUAAUCCACCAAGCAAAAACACACAACAGCAACAAUCAACUGGAUUUACUUUUGGAGGUUCUGCAGCCACGUCUUGCAGUUUUUCUGAUUCUCAACCGGCUACAUCUCAGAACGCUUUCAUCGGAAGUACGCCAAACGCAAACCCAUUCAAUUCCGCAACUCCCUCUGCUACCUCGGGGCUUAGACGGGUCAGACAAGCCAGAAGAAGACUUAAAAAAUGUAAAUGAAAUCAUAACGGCAGUGAUAUCCAACCUUUUCGAAUCAGGUCAAGAAGUCAAAAUUAAACCAAUACUUGCUCCGAGCUUGACCAGAUCGCUUUCAACAAAAGUACGCCAAACGCAAAUCCAUUCAAUUCCGCACCUUCCCCUGUCACCCCGAGAAGUGGACGGGUCAGACAAGCCAGAAGAAGAUUUAAAAAAUAAAUGA